AUCAACACUGCUGAUGCAGAAAAAGGAAAGAUCUCUCGCUGUCCGUCCGAAGUAAAGGUUGUAGGUCACAUCACACACUCGGUUCCCUGGUUACGUUUCUCGCUGCAACGGCAAAACAUUCGGUGCUCGCGAGCGCUUCAUCCAACCACUGUUCCAGUCAAUAAUCACCCCGCACACCAGGAAAUGUUCCCGGAUUCGGUUGUUUUCUGAAAAAUAUGCUUCAUAAAAGUGCCCGUCCCGGUUACAAAAGAGUGGUCAAAAAUACGGCACUGGUGCUGAUUGCAGCGGAAGCGGUUGCCUUCGGAGUUUCCUACGCAGGCUGGUAUCGGCUCAACACAAAUAGAGAGUUCCGACAUUACGUAAAGGAAAACUAUCCCACGGUUUUGGAAAGCUACUACCAAGUGGGCGAAUUCCUCGGCGGAGACAGUUCCGUCCGUAAUAUAGACGAGCAGAUUUGGGCUCAGGAGCGGGCAGCCAAGGGUGUGGGUGUGGGUGGAACCAAACCAUGAAUGUGUACAUCAAAUCAGUAGUCUAUCUAGUAGCGUUCGGGGGCGCCGGUUACGUCCUUUCCGAACUGACCAAACCCAGCAAGGAGAAAAUCGAUCUACUCAAGCGGCAGCAUCACGGAGGGCCAGCGGCAUCAGAGGCGGCCAGCAAGAAGGCGCUGUUCAUGCAGAAGCUGAAGGAAGCCAGCGAAAGCAGUGAGCCUAUCUACUUGAAGAAGAAGGCUGAUUAAACGAUUGUAUUUUGAGAGAUAUAAAAAAAAGAAACCAACAUAAAUUAGUCACUCCGACCAAAAACAUGGCGGAUAUCGUAGAUCAUAGCGACCACGGCAGCAGUGGUUUCAGUGGAAGGGAGAAAAUUACCGAAAUUCUCAACCGACGUCACAAGGAACGGGAGAUCCAGAUCCAGGCAGCGAAACUCGAACGCCAGAAGGAUGCCGACGAAACCGAAGCGAUUCAAUACUUUGAGGACUGCUUCGAACAGAAACUCAAACUGAUCCGCGGGAGAUUGGAAACGGUUCAAGGCAGCGACUCGAAGGCCCGGGUUUUCGCUGAAGUUCAGAACGAGAUCUACGACCUGCAACGGUACCUUUCGACGUCUACGUUUUUCCUCAACGAGUACAAGAUCAAAAUUUGUCAGAAUGCCAUCAACGACGUUUGUAAGAAGCUGGAUGCGUUGAAGAAUGAGCUCAUUCCUAAAAAGAAAUUCGGUUUCAAGAGCAAGAAAACCGUUAAAAUCAAUCAGGAUGGUAAGGAUACCGCAGACAAGAUCGGAGCGGGGGCUAACUGCGAAGAAGGCGAUCGAAUGAAGUGGACGUUCUCCGACAGGAAGAAUGAGCUUAUCGUACUUCCCCGUGCCGUGGUAGAUGACCAAACCGUAACGGCCACAAAUCUAACGGACUGCAUCGUGAGAUUGGAAGGGCAUUCUGGUUCGCUGCAAUUCUCCAAACUUCAGAAUUGCCUAGUCAUCUGCGGACCGACCUCGAGAUCCAUAUUUCUGGAUGACUGCAGCAACUGCAAGUUUGUGGUGGCAUGUCAGCAGCUCCGUUGCCAUCGUUCGAAGAAUUGUGAGCUCUACCUAAAAGUGACCUCCCGAGCCAUCAUUGAGGACUGUAACCAGAUCAAAGUAGCGGAAUACAACAAUUUCUACGACGGACUGCAGGACGAUCUCGUCCGAUCCGGGUUGGACAGCGACGUUAACAAUUGGAACGAACUCGACGACUUCAAUUGGCUAGCAACGGAUAAGCCUUCCCCGAAUUGGUCCAUCCUGGAUCCGGAUCAAACCGUAUCCGAUUGGAACAGCUAUCAGAAACAAUUCCAACUAACCUAUGCGCUGUGUGAAACGUUUGAAUAAAAAUGCUUCUUGCUUAGUUUUUUAAAUAGUAACUAA